AUGGAAGUGAAUGUUGUUUACUCUGUGCGUGCUUCUGUAACCAAGAGAGAUGUGGAGAUUGGAGAGAUGUGGAGCCAGAAGCUUUCGAGUGAUGCUCAAGAGCCUAGCUUCAAGGCUCUUCAUCUAGGAGGGACCCCAGUGGAAAACAGCCUGUUUGCCACCCUCCGCAGUGAUGACUACGGAGAUCUUUCGAGCAGCCUUGGAGCCAGAGAGAGCUCUGCUAUCAACCAAAGCCAUUUUGCCAUUGUGGGUAUUAGCGUUCUCUUUGGUCCUUUGUCAUCACUUAGCCUGAUUCACCUGCUGGGAGACUGGGGAAGACCUUCCAUAACAGAGUCCCAGCAACCUGCUCGCCACACGUCAACGUCAUAUGGAACAUCCGCCAGAGAGGCUCUGAAUAAUAAAAGUAUCAAGCCAUUGUUGAACGCAUUUAACCAGAUUCCUGGGAGUGAAAAUGAAAAGAAGUGUACCUUGGAUCAAGCUUUUAGAGUUAUUGUAGAAGAAGAAAUAAUAAACAAAGCUCCAUGUGAAAAUCUCCUGGCAAUUAUUUCUCUUGCUAUUAAUGGAGUCACAGAAGGUAUCUGCACUGCAUCAACCCCUUUUGUGCUUCUGGGGGAUGUUCUGGAUUGCCUGCCUUUGGAUCAGUGUGACAAAAUUUUCACUUUUGUGGAGAAAAAUGUUGCUACGUGGAAAUCGAAUAUGUUUUACUCUGCAGGGAAAAAUUACUUGCUACGAAUGUGCAAUGACCUCCUAAGAAGAUUAUCUAAGUCACAAAACACAGUCUUCUGUGGAAGAAUUCAGCUAUUCUUGGCUAGGUUAUUUCCACUUUCAGAAAAGUCAGGACUUAACUUGCAGAGUCAGUUUAACCUGGAAAAUGUCACUGUUUUCAAUACCAAUGAACAUGAGAGCACUCUAGGACAGAAGCACACCGAGGAGAGAGAAGAAGGAAUGGACGUAGAAGAAGGUGAAAUGGGAGAUGAUGAAGCACCAACAAGUUGUUCCAUUCCAAUAGAUUAUAACCUGUAUAGAAAAUUCUGGUCACUUCAAGAUUAUUUUAGAAAUCCUGUGCAGUGCUACGAGAAGGUCUCAUGGAAAACUUUUCUUAAGUACUCAGAAGAAGUUCUGGCUGUUUUCAAAAGUUACAAAUUGGACGACACUCAGGCUUCUCGAAAAAAGUUGGAAGAACUAAAAACAGGAGGAGAACAUGUGUAUUUUGCAAAGUUCCUAACUAGUGAAAAGCUGAUGGAUUUACAGCUGAGUGACAGUAACUUUCGCCGUCACAUCUUGUUGCAGUACCUAAUACUAUUUCAGUAUCUAAAGGGGCAGGUCAAAUUUAAAAGUUCAAACUAUGUUCUAACAGAUGAACAGUCUCUUUGGAUUGAAGAUACUACAAAAGCGGUUUACCAGCUUCUUUCAGAAAAUCCUCCAGAUGGGGAAAGAUUCUCAAAAAUGGUAGAGCAUAUAUUAAAUACCGAAGAAAACUGGAACUCAUGGAAAAAUGAGGGCUGCCCAAGUUUUGUGAAAGAAAGACCUCCUGAUUCUAAGCCAAUGAGGCCUGUGAGAAAGAGGCCAGCUCCAGAGGACUUCUUAGGAAAAGGACCAAACAAAAGAAUCCUUAUGGGGAAUGAGGAACUGACCCGCCUUUGGAAUUUAUGUCCUGAUAACAUGGAAGCUUGUAAAUCUGAGAGUAGGGAAUAUAUGCCAACGUUGGAGGAAUUUUUUGAAGAAGCUAUUGAACAAGCAGAUCCUGAAAACAUGGUUGAAAAUAAGUAUAAGGCUGUGAACAAUUCUAACUAUGGCUGGAGAGCAUUGAGACUUCUAGCUCGCAGAAGUCCCCACUUCUUCCAGCCAACAAACCAACAAUUCAAGAGUUUACCUGAAUAUCUAGAAAACAUGGUAAUCAAAUUAGCCAAGGAGCUGCCUCCUCCUUCUGAAGAAAUAAAAACAGGCGAAGAUGAAGAUGAGGAAGAUAAUGAUGCUUUAUUAAAAGAAAACAAUGAAAGUCCAGAGGUACAACGGGACAAAGCCAUGACGGGCGAACAAAUCGAGUCAUUUGCGAACAGGCUUGGGGAGCAGUGGAAGGCCUUGGCCCCCUACUUGGAAAUGAAGGAUUCUGAUAUACGGCAGAUCGAGUCAGACAGCGAGGACAUGAAGAUGAGAGCUAAGCAGCUGCUGGUUGCCUGGCAAGAUCAGGAGGGCGCACACGCCACCCCCGAGAAUCUGAUCACUGCGCUGAACAAAGCUGGGUUAAGUGACCUUGCGGAAGGCCUAACCAACGACACUGAAAGCAGCAGCUAACUCGCUUCAGAUGCUAACUCGUCGUUUGGUUUUGGCGGUGGUGGUUGUGGUUGUUAAUUGCGAUUGUUCUGGCUGUUGUUGUUGUCGUCGUUAAUUGUGACUGUUUUGUUUGUUGUUUUUAAUUGUUACUAUUGUUGCUAGGUAACAGAUUUUUGCUGGGUAUUUUAUGUUCAAUAAACGAUACAACUUUUUAA